GGAAAAGUACUAGCUAGUGCUCUCAUAACAUUCAUUUUGCAACGUUUUUUCCUCUCACUUCAAAAUCGAAGCAUAACGCGUCAGUUUUAUCAAGGAUAUUACACAUUUUAUUCAUUUACGCCAGGUUUUAUGUUGUUUUUAUUUUUUUGCAAAGCUUCGUUUUUGGCGUGUUCUCAUCUGGAAGGAACCUGUGCGUACGUACGAGAAGGUGUAUCCAUUAUGCGCGCCUCUGUGCAGUGGUCUGGUGUGGUAAACGCCCUGUGAGAGAUUUCUGAGAGGUGGUGUCAUCUUUUAGGGCCAGAAGAUUCUAUUUAUAUUAGAAAGCUGCAAUCCCUUAACUAUAACUCAGCCUGAGCUGCUUGUAAGCUACCCGAGAGAGGCUUUCGGGAAUCAUAUGACCUGCUGCAGCUCAUUCCAAAGAUACCGGAAAGGGCGCUCGCUCCCGCAGCUUUUGCGCUCUUUCAAACCACAGUCUUCGGAAAGGGGUACAUCUGGAAGAUGUACAACACCGCAGGACAACAGAAAGACGUUGAAUAUUAGGAUAAGAAAUACUGCUCUUUGUUUGUAACGGAUAUAUAUAUAUUACAGUUGAGAAGGGACACUGAUAGAGCAAAAAAUGCCGGAGGAAAAAGUAUUUCACCAGCAGGCUGUCCACAGCCCUCUGGAGCAGGGGAAGCAGGGGAAGCAGGGCAGCGGCGGCAGCAGCUCUGUCCCCUGUCAGAACUGUGGCAAGGCCUGCAAGGGAGAGGUGCUGCGCGUGCAGAAUAAACACUUCCACAUUAAGUGCUUCGUCUGCAAAGUGUGUGGCGUUGACCUGGCCCAGGGGGGGUUCUUUGUGCGUCAGGGGGAGUACAUCUGCACCCAGGACUACCAGCGGAUGUACGGCACGCGCUGCUUCAGCUGUGAGGAGUUCAUCGAGGGAGAGGUGGUGUCAGCGCUGGGAAAGACCUACCACCCACGCUGCUUCGUCUGCUUCACCUGCAAACAGCCGUUCCCUGCCGGUGACCGUGUGACAUUUAACGGUAAAGAGUGUGUCUGCCAAAACUGUACACAGCCCCAGUCUGCCAACAGCCCUGCUCCCAUACAGGCUGUCCACAACUGCUGUGGCUGUGGGAAGGAGUUUAAGAAUGAGCAGUCUCUUGUCGCGCUGGAUAAACACUGGCAUCUGGGCUGCUUCAAGUGUAAAGUGUGCAACAAGGUGCUCAACGCCGAGUACAUCAGCAAGGAUGGGAUCCCCUACUGCGAGGUGGACUACCAUGCCAUGUACGGCAUCCAGUGUGACAGCUGCAAGAAGUACAUCACCGGGAAAGUACUGGAGGCUGGGGAGAAACACUACCACCCGUCAUGUGCCCGCUGUGCCAGGUGUGAGCAGAUGUUUGGAGAGGGAGAGGAGAUGUACCUGCAAGGUAACUCCAUCUGGCAUCCUCCUUGCAGACAGGCAGCCAGACAGGAGGAGAAGAGUAAGAAGCAGGUCCGGAUACAGGUCAAUGACGUCCCUGAGCAGCAGGUGAGCAGGACAUCCUCUGAGAGCAUCACCUCUGUCCCAGCCUCCAGUGCGUCUGGCUCUCCGAACAGGGUCAUCUAUGCCAAACUAGGAGAUGAGAUGCUGGACUACAAAGACCUUGCUGCUCUGCCAAAGAUCAAGGCGAUCUACAACAUCGACCGGCCAGACAUGCUCUCCUACAGUCCCUACGUCAGCUACCCCUCAGAGGAACGACACUACGGAGAGGGUGACGGAGAGAAGUCUCCUCGUCAGAGGAGGCCCUCCAGCCCCAGCUCCAACAGCUCCCUGGGGAAGUAUGGAGGGUACACCCCUUCUCGCUCCCCCCAGAACUACAGCAGGCCGGGCCUCAAACAGGACCCCCUACUACCACCUGAAUCUCAACCUAAGACGUCCCUGCAUCUCAAUUUACCUCCUCACGGUCACGGUAGUGAAAGUGGUCGGAGUACCCCCAGUUUGUCCACGUAUUCCGAUGGCAAAUCUCCCUCCUUCACCUAUGUGGCUACUCCCAGGCAUUUCCACGUACCAGAGACUAAGGUCAAGAUAGAUAAUAUCUAUAGAAAACCCCCUAUCUACAGACAGCAUGCCUCUAGAACUUCCUGGCAAGAAGGAGACGACAUCAAGACAAGGACCAGUUGGAUGAUCUUGAAGAGUGAAAUAGACGGCGAGCCCCUCCCAGAGUACCUGCUGGACCCCAGGAAGUCUACCUGCAGCCUGCCCACUGACACCUCCCGGACCAACUUCCCAUACAAUAAGUGUGCUUCCCUGCCAGGAUAUGGAAGGAAUGGCAUAUACAAGGUUGCCGACCAUGUUGAGGUUGACCCAGACCAGCAGGACUCCCACAGCUGGGGAGGAAUGAGAGAGUACAAGGUGUAUCCCUAUGAGGUGCUGUCUGUGACCCACAGGGUGAGGGUGAAGCUACCCAGAGAUGUGGACCGUACCAGACUGGAGAGACACCUCUCCCCAGAGGACUUCCACCAUGUGUUUGGGAUGACCCUGAAUCAGUUUGACCGCAUGGCUCUGUGGAAGAAGAACGACAUGAAAAAGAAGGCACGCCUUUUCUAAAGCCAAGCAGGAGAACGGGAGAAAAAUCAUUAUAACAUCUCCAGUCUACAACGUCUGUCCUGUCUGGAAGAAAGAAAAAAACAUCUGAAAUAAUCUACAUAUGCACCGUUACGUUACAACUGAGAAACAUCUAAUCGCAGACAGAACGAGGAGUGGUGGGAGUACCCAAUGGAAAUGGUUUCACAAUGUCGCUGUAACAUCCAACGUUGAGGCGAUGUUCGUCACCUAUAGCUUUUGUAUGCGAGUGGUCUGAAUGUUACUGUGAUCACCUUUAAGGGAGGUAAGGGAGAUGCAUUUACAUGGUCCGUCACACCACUCCUCCUCCAAUCCUCUUCUCCUCUCAUCCCUCUAUGCGAGUUCUGCAUCCCGCUCUCGCUUCCUCUGCAAAAAAAGAGAAAUAGCAGCUUUUCUAAAAAUUCAUGUGCUUUUUUCUCUUUGUUUCUGUGUUUCUCACUGGUUUCAUGUGUGUUCCUUUUACUGUGUUUUCCCCUCUUUUAUCGUUCCUUUCACUGUUUUUAUAAGGUCUCACUCUCUUUCCUUAUCUACCGUGUCUUGUUUAACAUCUCUCUCUCUUUUUUUUUCUCUCUCUCUUGUUUCUCUCUCUCCUCUCUCUCUCAACCCACCUCUCCUUACUUCUCCUCUCUACUCUCUCUCUGCUCUUUCUCUCAUCCCACCUCUCCUUACCUCUCCUCUCUACUCUCUCUCUCCUCUCUCUCUCAACCCACCUCUCCUUACCUCUCCUCUCUACUCUCUCUCUCCUCUCUCUCUCAUCCCACCUCUCCUCACCUCUCCUCUCUACUCUCUCUCUGCUCUCUCUCUCAACCCACCUCUCCUUACCUCUCCUCUCUACUCUCUCUCUGCUCUUUCUCUCAUCCCACCUCUCCUUACCUCUCCUCUCUACUCUCUCUCUCUCCUCUCUCAUCCCACCUCUCCUCAUCUCUCCUCUCUACUCUCUCUCUCCUCUCUCUCUCAUCCCACCUCUCCUCACCUCUCCUCUCUACUCUCUCUCUCUGCUCUCUCUUUCAACCCACCUCUCCUCACCUCACCUCUCCUCUCUACUCUCUCUCCCCUGUCUCUCUCAACCCACCUCUCCUUACCUCUCCUCUCUACUCUCUCUCUGCUCUCUCUCUCAACCCACCUCUCCUCACCUCACCUCUCCUCUCUACUCUCUCUCCCCUCUCUCUCUCAACCUACCUCUCCUUACCUCUCCUCUCUACUCUCUCUCUGCUCUCUCUCUCAACCCACCACUCCUCACCUCACCUCUCUACUCUCUCUCCCCUCUCUCUCUCAACCCACCUCUCAUUACCUCUCCUCUCUACUCUCUAUCUCUGCUCUCUCUCAUCCCACCUCUCCUUACCUCUCUCUCUCCUCUCUUUCUCAACCCACCUCUCCUUACCUCUCCUCUCUACUCUCUCUCUGCUCUCUCUCUCAACCCACCUCUCCUUACAUCUCCUCUUACAAUUUUUUCACUCCAUCUCUUUUGCUUUCCUUCAUUUCCAUUCCUUAUCCUCCCUUUCCCCACUGUAGCCUGUUCUAGCCUCUAACCCACCACAGAUCUCCUAUCUGAACAACAGAUGUAUCAUUUUACAGCAGUGGAGGGCAUGGCUACUCAAUAUACUGCUGCAUGACAAGGCCAAAGACAGGGAUAAGAAACUACUACAGUUUGACUUCAGAAAACGUCAAAGCACCUUACUAUAUAUGUUUUUGUUUUCUCUUCAUAAAAAUGUAGAGAAAUCUUAAAUAAAGAUAGGAAAAUAUGUUUUACGUUGGUAGUUUAUUUGAUAGCUGUGAUUUGUUACAACAAGCCACUCGUCAAUCAGUGAAGAUAGGAGAGUUGAGGUUGGAUCAGGGACAGCAGCGAGAAUCAUGGGCACUGGCUCUAGCAUUGGCACCACUGACACCCACAGCAGAUGCGUGGAGCAACAGGUUCUUUCAAGUCACGUUGUCAAACACCGCAUUGCCAGACACUUUUACGUACAUGCCCUCCCAUCAACAAAAAACAAAAUUAUUUUUGUAAGCUAUUUUUGACUUGUGGAAUCAUUGUCAGAUGUUUCUAUGGAUGCUUUCAGAUCGUUUUCAGAUGAGUUAAGACACCUAUGAUGCCACACUAUCUUAACACAGACCUGCAGCAGCACUGAAGCAUAACGAGUUCAGUUUUGCUUAAUUAAUUAACAAUGAGCUUUAUCUAGACCUUCUGUGAUAGACAAUUAACCCUUUCUAUGUUUGUUCUUUGUAACCCAUCAACGGUCACACGCAGUGUGUAGUGGAAAUACAUGCAUUGGCUUUGCUUCGUCUCCGGAAGCUCAACCAAUCAUUCAACUGUGAGCAGUAUGGGACACAUACUGUGUAUAUUUGUGUCAGAGUUUGUUAUGCAAGCCAAGGUAUAUGUUAGCGUUAGCACAUGUAUAUGAGAGAUUGUUGAGGUUCAUCUACAAUGGAAAUGCAUGAAAGCGUGUGCUUGUUUUCUUGAUGUUGUUGAUCAUUUUGUUCAUUUUUUGACACACACAACACCACUUUUGUCCGAUGAAAAGCCCAAUUCAGCUGCUUUAAUGUUCAAAAUGUAUUUAUAGACAUUUCAAGGGAGGAUGUGGAUGGUAUCUUUAAAUCUAAUGGGAAGGUUUAGUGGCAAAAAUACAGGCAAUCUGAUUUCAUAUCAAAUUUAAUUUAGCUCCUUCUGUAAGUAAGACUACAUAAAAGCUCAUGUCUUCUGUCUGAUUUCUAAUGUCAAUCUGCAAUUAAAGUGCUUUAUCGAAACAAAAGGAGACCACAGCAAAUUGAAGUGCUUGAGUGUGCCUCGUUGAAUGUGAAUGGAGAUAAAAUCUCGUGUCAGCUUUAUCGAACUAUGGUUUAUAAAGUUGAGUUUGGAAGAGUGAUUUGUGUAUGAAUGCGUGUGUAGUUAAGUUGUACAGUUAGUUUAAAUCAAAUAAUAAAUCAAAUAAAAAAAUGUAUGCACGCAUGACCGUAAAUCGAUUGGAUAAAAGUGUCAGCUUGAUGGCAUAUUACCAUGAAUACAGUUCAAACCAGACUCUGAUUGGUUAAAAGUGUCAGCUAGAUGGCAUAUUACCAUGAAUACAGUUCAAACCAGACUCUGAUUGGUUAAAAGUGUCAGCUUGAUGGCAUAUUACCAUGAUUACAGUUCAAACCAGACUCUGAUUGGAUAAAAGUGUCAGCUAGAUGGCAAAUUACCAUGAAUACAGUUCAAACCAGACUCUGAUUGGUUAAAAGUGUCAGCUAGAUGGCAUAUUACCAUGAAUACAGUUCAAACCAGUCUCUGAUUGGAUAAAAGUGUCAGCUAGAUGGCAUAUUACCAUGAAUACAGUUCAAACCAGUCUCUGAUUGGUUAAAAGUGUCAGCUAGAUGGCAUAUUACCAUGAAUGCAGUUCAAACCAGACUCUGAUUGGAUAAAAGUGUCAGCUAAAUGGCAUAUUACCAUGAAUACAGUUCAAACCAGACUCUGAUUGGUUAAAAGUCAAAUGACCUUUGGGGUUUGUUGACCCUCUGGCAAAGUGGCUCACCGUUGCAACAUUAUUGUAACAUUGAAAGAAUGUUGAUGUAACGUUAUCAAUGGUGCGAAGGGUUUUCCCAACAUGGAGGGCUGUUGGGAAAGACUGUGUUUGUUGUCUUAUUUGAACAGCUGUGGAAACCAUAGUGUUCCCUGGAAGGCCGAAACUAAGGACCACAUAUCCAGACAGGUCUGAGCUCCGAACUUGCCCUUAGAUACAGGUCUAGGAUCGGAUUUAAUUCUCCAAAUCCUAACCUUAACCAUUAGGGGGGAAAUGCAAAACUGUCCGUAGAUCAGUCAGUGUCUUAGGGGCAAGUUCAGGCCAGAUCAGCAGAGCUCAGAUAGACCAGAUAGUUCAAGCUAGGCCAGAUUGCACAACCAGAGCCCGUUUCAUCAUCUCUUUAGACAAACAGGCCUUCCACGCGGCGUAAACAGCAGCGAGUCUCCCUCACAUCUUGGUCAAUAUAGUGUUGGAUUCACAACUUUACAGUACAGGACAUCAGAGCAAGCUGCCCAUAGAUGCAAUCGGAUUUAUUGUUGUUCUGCCUUUAAUAUAGAUACAUAAUAUGACUUAACAUCUUGUCAAUGAGUGACUACCCAUGUUUUUGCUUGUUUGAUUGUAAUUAAAGGUAUUUAUGAAUACAUACCGGUGUACCCAUUGUGCGACAACAGUCGCAGAAAAGUGGCUACUUUUUGUUGUUGUAGAAUGUCCCUUUUUUAAUAUUGCAUUGACCCAAAUGUUAUGGGAAUGAUUAGUCUUUAUCAAAUAGGAUUUGAUUCCUUCUUUUAACUUAAUGUCUCAGUUGAACCCAAAGCCUCCUCUCUCCAAGCCACAAUUAGAAGGACGUUGGCGUUGGCGUUUUGCAAAGUGAAGAAUUAUGUUCAAAUGAAUUUGGUUCUGUCAUCGUUUAUUUUGCAUUGUCUGUGUAAACCAUUAAGAUCUUACUAAAUAAGUACUCUAAUUCCUAAUUAUAUGGCGUGGACAUACAAAGAACUGUGUAACCAAUGGAUACCACAUGCUGUGAUUUUAUGUAUACUGAACAAAAAUAUAAACGCAACACGCAACAAUUUCAAAGAUUUUACUGAGUUUCAGUUCAUAGAAGGAAAUCAGUCAAUUUAAAUAAAUUCAUUAGGCCCUAAUAAAUGGAUUUCUCGGGAGCCAGGCCCAGCCAAUCAGAAUGAGUUUUUCCCCCACAAAAGGGCUUUAUUACCAACAAAAAUACUCCUCAGCACCACGUCAGACGAUCACGCAGGUAAAGAAGCUGGAUGUGGAGGUCCUGGGGUAACGUGGUUACAUGUGGUCUGCGGUUUUGAGGCCAGUUGGACAUACUGCCAAAUUCUCUAAUAUGACGUUGGAGGCGGCUUAUGGUAGAGAAAUGAACAUUCAACAACUGGACAUUCCUGCCAAUUGCACACUCCCUCAAAACUGUGUUGUGACAUCUGUGUUGUGUGACAAAACUGCACAUUUUAGAGUGGCCUUUUAUUGUCCCCAGCCCAGGGUGCACCUGUGUAAUGAUCAUGCCGUUUUAUCAGCUUCUUAAUAUUCCACACCUGUCAGGUGGAUGGAUUAUCUUGGCAAAGGAGAAAUGCGCACUAACAAGGAUGUAAACAAAUUUGUGCUCAAUUUUAGAGAGGGAAAAAAAAGCUUUUUGUGCGUAUGGAACAUUUCUCAGAUCUUUUAUUUCAGCUCAUGAAACAUGGGACCAACAAUUUACAUAUUGCGUUUACAUUUUUGUUCAGCGUAGUUGUGGCUCAGUGGAGGACGAUAAGAGGAUGGCGAAAUGGGUUGAAAUUAUUAUUACUCUGUAACUAAGCCUUUUGUUUAGCUUUUGUUGAGUUUUUUUCUUAUUUUACUUCACUGGUUUGCAAGAAAUACUGAUGUCCAUCUUUAAAUAAAUGUUUAAUUCAGUACCA